AUGUCCACGACCAGCACAAUCACUAUCAGGAGUCAUUCCUCACAAUCCCAUAGCCCUAAAAACAACAGCCAGGGCAGGCCUACUUGCAAAGUGAAAGUUAUCGAACGAUACAAGCAGCCUCCAACCAGGUUAGCAACGAGCUGGGGGAGAAAGCCGGCGACCAAGGACACUUCUACAUCUCAAGCCACCCUCCGUGAAGUCAAUCCAAAUUUGACCAAGGCUCCCAUUACUGCACGACACAAGGUGCUUAAAUUUGUCUCACAAUCGAAUGGUGAGGCAGAUUGCGAGGUAUUUCAAAAUAUCACUCAAGCGGACUACAAUUAUAUAUCUUGCAAAAUCGAAGACUACCCUGCAAGACCAAGGUUGGAAUACAACUGCAAUACCCAUACCCUUGUCAUUGAAAUGCCAUCCCCCGUACACAAGGCUAUAAUCAAGGUUAUCGGCAAAGGAUUGGAACGUCUAGACGAUUAUUUGCAGGAUCUCAUGGUCAAGAAUUUACUGUCCUCAGACACCCAUACUAACUUGACCAUUGACGGGAACUCGGUGAAAUGUGUCCCUGAUGUUCUCCACGUGGUUACUGCCCUCACCGACCCCCCCAUCCUAAGCACUCCUGUCAUGGGCGAGGUGGCUGUAUUGCAGUCCAGAGCUGAUCUACUGCAGAGGCUCAGGGACAGGGUCGAGGCAUUCCCAGAUAUCAUCCUGCUCUUCAUGGCCGAGAUCAAUGAACGCGUCACCUACAGCCAACCCAAGCAUAUGAGCAAUGCGUGGCGAAAGCUACAAAAGGAUGAGAAUGCUCGCUCCCGCACCACCUUCCUUUCCAACCGCACUGGACCAAGAUCACUCGAUGUACCUGCUGAAAUUGAAGUUGAAGGGCACGUCUGGCAUGCAAUGUCAAGCGUGCAUUUCCAGGUCUGGGUGCAAGACGUCAAUGGGCGAAUUGACAUAGACACGCAGAACCAAAAUCUCACAGCAUGUGGCGAAUUAUUUCCGAACAAAUCAAUGGACAAUGUCACACUCAUGAUGGAGAGGGGACUGUCCCGGAUGAGGGAACAGUAUGCACAGCUGUCCCAACAGGUCAGCCCAAAUGUUGACGUUUCGGCCUUGCUGGCCGCGCCUGUCACUCUCCCCUUUGGAUGGGAUGGGAUGCUUUCUAAGCUUGCCCUCGCAAGUCUGACAAUGGCUCAUGAUCGUUAUAAGCAUUGGCAUAGUGUGAUGGCACGCAGUAGGACAGCCAAGCGCACGGCAGAGGAAGCAUUUGAUGCAGGGCCAGCCAACAACACACGUUCACGCACGCGUGCUCGCACUGCUGCACUUGUCCGGGGCCAGAGCUUACCAUAA